UAAACCACCCGGAUAAAAGUUAUUUUCAUGGAAACAAAGGCUCCAAGUGCAGGACCAUGGGGUAUGGGCAAAUCCUCCACCGGCGGGGGAAUGAGGAGGACCAGGUCCACCUCAACGUGGGAGGGGUUCAACACGAAGUGAAUCCGGACAUGUUGCUCCGCUUCCCUCACACGCGCUUGGCUCGCCUGCUGCGCUGCCAGAGCGAGGCGGCGAUCCUGGAGCUGUGCGAUGACUACAGCCCGUCCGAGAAGGAGUACUACUUCGACAGGAAUCCGCGGAUUUUCCUCUGCGUGCUCAACUUCUACCACACGGGACGUAUCCACAUGAUGGAGGAGGUGUGCGUCUUCUCCUUCAGCCAGGAGAUUGAGUACUGGGGCAUCCAGGAGCUGCACCUGAGUCCCUGCUGCACCUACUGGUACCACGAGCGGAAGGAGUACAUCGACGACGGAGACUGGGACGUCAGGAGCGACGACCAGCAGCAGCCGAGCUUCGACUCUUCCUUUGAGGAGCUCUCAGCUCUCGAUAAAGACCUCGCCAAGUUCCAAGGCGCUUGGUGUGCGGAGGUGCGGAGCUACAUUUGGCUCAGGCUGGAGGAUCCGGGUCACUCGACAGGUUCAAAGAUCAUUGCGGUGGCGUCCCUCAGCUUGGUGUUGACCUCUAUCAUUGCCAUGUGUGUGCACAGCAUGCCUGAGUUUCAGCAGGUGGACGAGAACGAGAAACCCAUCGAGGACCCCGUGCUCGCCUACCUGGAGGAGAUCUGCAUCGCCGGCUUCUCCGCUGAGUUCAUCCUCAGGCUGAUUGUUGCGCCUUCCCUCAAGAAGUUCCUCGGAAACACCUUAAACAUCAUAGAUGUUGCCUCAAUUUUGCCAUUUUACGCCACAUUAGCUCUGGAGACCGCCGACGAGGAGGCCGCAGAGGAGAACGAGGACUUAGAAAACGUUGGGAAGGUGGUGCAGGUCCUGCGCCUCAUGAGGGUUCUCCGAAUCCUCAAACUGGCUCGCCACUCGAUCGGGCUGCGGGCACUGGGCGCCACCGUCCGCCACAGCUACCACGAGGUGGGGCUGCUGCUUCUCUUCCUCUCGGUGGGGAUCUCCAUCUUUUCCGCCCUCAUCUACUUUGCGGAGAAGGACGCCAACAGCACGGAUUUGGGGAGCAUCCCUUCAGGCUGGUGGUGGGCCACCAUCACAAUGACCACAGUCGGCUUUGGCGACACGUGCCCAGUCACGCUGGCGGGAAAGAUUGUGGCCACCUUGUGUAUCAUCUGUGGCCUGUUGGUGGUGGCUCUGCCCAUCACCAUCAUCUUCAAUAAGUUUUCAAAGUACUAUCAGAGAAACAAAGCCAUGGAGGGAAAGUGUAUCACUAAACCUCAAAGACAAGACCCCGAGCUCCCUCAUUAUAACAUCAAAGAGCUGUUCACAGGAAGUGUCUAUCCCUUUAUAGGAAGUCUCGCCUUCAGGAACAGUGUGAGCAGCGCAGGGGACGAUACAGAUGCCUCCAGUCUGCAGGAUAUAGAGGUAUAUGAUAAUGACACUUGUGAGAACGGAGCUGCAAAAUGAGAUUCCUGCCGUUUCACUGAGUGUCGCUCCCUUUACGACUGCAAGUCACUCCGUGCCUCUCAGGGCUGAGCGCUCCACCACUGACCCCGCCUCUCUGCACUGUCUUCCUCUCACUACUUGACAGAGAAAUAUCAUGGCCAUGAAUUUUUAUUUAUUUGAUUUUUUUUCUAUGAGGGGGGAAUAACUUGUGAAAUAUACGGCGUCGCUGAAAACGAGGAAAUCCAAAGGAAAUUAUCUGAGCCUUGCUCGGAGGGUUGAAAGCCCAUUUUCUGCUUGAGAAAAUGGCAAUGAUGCAUGUAGGAGGCCAUAAUGUUAAUGUUUUUUCAAAGUAAUGCCCUGUAUUGAUCCGUCUGCUCGCUGAAAGUUCAGACUGAGAUUUCGGCGAAAGCCUAGAAUGACAACAACACUGUUUGAUGUCUCGAAAUGGUAUUAUAGAUCUCUAAGUUGACUGAUGUUACACAGUCUGCAUGAACCAAAAUAAAUGCAUUUUUUGAAAGAGAAAUGUGCAGAAUUAUGCAAUAUUAUUGAUGCUGAUGAAGAGAGGCCGCACAGUUCUUUCAGAGCACUCUGCAAAAAAGCACUGAAAUACCAGGUUGUUGUUCUUAAACCUUUCGUUUGGACGGUUGUUUUGGCAUGCUGGGUGACUCCUGGGGGAGAAACUCAUGUGGACAAGAAAUAAAACUCAGUGAAUCAGAAGAAAUAUGCCUCUCAUUUGUGACGUGGCAUACAGCCAUUUAAACAAAGGAUUCAUUGCAUUUAUUUAUGUACUGUAUCUUCUUUACUAGACUGUAGGGAUGUUUCAAUACAAUUUUUACUUUCAGAUACCUGAACUUGCACACACCUUGACCAAAGUGCUUCAUAGUGAGAUAAAAAACAAAACAGAAAUUAUCAAAUAAGAGACAAGAAAUAGUCUGGAACAUCUGUGUAGCAUAAUACUUAUUUCAAAAAGG